UACUUACAAUAUACUUAUACACUUUUUACUUGUAAUAAACAGAAAAAUCAAUGUCGGAUGAAAGAAUAGACUACGUUGUCGUAAUCAGUAAAGACUUAAAACAAUCCAGAAAGUUCCAAUACAUCAUCAAGUUUAUCAAAAACCUAGAAGAACUUGGACUGAAGCUCGAAGUCAAACACCAAAAGAACAAGAAUAAUGUCUACAUCAUGAUCCACCUUCCCGAAAACGUGAUAGAAUAUUUUGCGUAUAAGUACGACAUAGACAUACACAACCCAGGUCACACUGUCGUCCCAAUAUCAACAAUAAACCUAUUUACUGGUCAACCCUUCCAAACGCCGUUAAGCGUCGACAAAGACUUUUUCCAAAGAGAGGGGAAAGCCACCACCAAAGAACGGAUUCAGAUCGUCAACAAAAUCCUACAAGAAGUGAAAUUUGGUACCUUCGAAAACGAAUUCAGUGUCGGGAAACUGAUCAGGUACGGAAUUGCCAAAACCGCGUACCCUUUGCACGACGGCGACUACGCACAAAAAGACACCCAUGGUUUGGAAAUACCAGAAAACGACAGACAGUUGCUGCUGAACUACUGGGGCAGCCUGUUUCUUUGGUACAAAAACCAGCCCCUAAAUUUGGUGGAAAAGUACUUCGGGAGUGAAGUUGCGUUCUACUUCGCUUGGUUGGGGUUCUACAACACGAUGUUGCUUCCGGCAGCGAUUUUUGGCCUUCUUGGUUCGGUUAUCAGUAUCAUUUAUCUGCUAGUUGUCGACCAGGAAAGAGUUAAAGACAUCUGUGAGAGUAAUUUGGUAAUGUGUCCUUUGUGUCACUCUGGAAAGAACUGCGUCUAUAAACCACUGAACCUCUCGUGCCACUAUGCUAAGAUAUCAAUCAUUUUUGAUAACCACGCUACUGUGGUAUUCGCGGUGUUCAUGUCAUUUUGGGCUACAUAUUUUAUCAACCAGUGGACCCGAAUGGAGAACACCUUGAAGAUUCGUUGGAACGUAGAUUUCGAAAAAAUGGAUACGAAAGCUCGACUGGGUUAUCGCGAGUCUUGCUCCCAAAGACGAUGGUCUUCUUUCACCGGUUCUCUAGAACCUUACGAACCCACAAGAACGCGAAUCGUGCAUAUCACACUAUCCUACGCUACGUCUCUUUUCCUAAUAGCUAUCGUUCUUGCAAUUGUCUUCGGAGUGAUAAUGUACCGAGUCGCGAUGACCACCAUCAUCAGAUUAACCGGCUCCGAGCGGUUAGAAAUCCACGGACCUUUCAUGCUACAAGCGUCUAGCGCAUGUCUUCAGGUGGUCUCAAUCCAGUUGUUUGGGUUAUUCUACGUCAGACUAUCAAAAUGGCUAACAAAUUUAGAAAAUCCGAGGACACAAACAGAGUACGAUUCGCUCAUUGCGCAGAAGCGAUACUUACUAUGCUUCUGGAACAACUACGCGUCGCUGUUUUAUAUCGCUUUCGUCAAAGGACGUUUCUACUCCCCGAACGAACCACCCUCAACUAGUUAUUCCGAAACUGACUUGUGCGGGCCUACAGGCUGCAUGAUGAACCUAUGUCUUCAACUCAGUAUUCUGAUGUUGUUUAAGUCGCUUUUUGGAAACAUCUUCACGCUGAUAAUACCACUGAUUAAAGAAAAACUUUGGAAGAGCAAAACUAGCCAGCAAGACGUGCCACAGUGGGAAAAAGAGUUUGAAUUAAUACAACCCCGUCGCCAUUUCCUCGUUUCUGAGUACACGGAAAUGAUGGUUCAAUACGGUUUUGUUACUUUUUUCGUGGGGGCUUUCCCCCUGGCACCGUUGUGUGCUUUAAUCAACAACUGUCUGGAGUUGCGUGUGGACGCCUACAAGCUAUUGACGCGGUACAGGCGUCCGGUGCCCAGACAACAAUCCGGGAUUGGGGUUUGGACAAGCAUUCUGAAAGUGAUUACUCACUUGAGCGUGGCUACCAAUGCGUUUGUUUUGGCGUUUACGAGUGAUUUUGUAGUUCGCGAGAUCUAUAAAUACUCACAUAAUGGGUCACUUGCUGGGUACAUCCGGUCGACGUUAUCGCGUGAGUGUUACUUUUUAUUUACAAUAUUAAAUGAAGUAAUAGUGUACGACAUGAGAGACUACGAAGAACCUCUUAGUGGCGAGCCGGCUGUUAACCCAAUCAACAAUUCGACGCUGUGUUUCUAUACAGCAGCUCGGCAUCCUCCGGACCACCCCAAGAAGUACAAAUUAACCCCUAUGUAUUGGUACAUCACCGGUAUGAGACUCGUAUGCGUGAUAGUAUUCGAGCACAUUAUUUUAUUGACCAAUGGCGUGCUUUCCUACGUCAUACCCGACGUACCAUGGGAAGUAAAAGAAAGUCUGCACUACAAAAAAAAUAAAGAACUGGAACUGAAACUCAAGGCGCACGCCGAGAACAGGGCGAGACGCAGAAGAACAACGAAGGUGACCCGCAGCCAAAAUAUAUAAACUUUUCAUAGAAAAUAUUUUAUUUGUAUAAAUUUUUUAUA